AAAGAGGGCUAAUUACCAUGUAAACAAAAGAAUAAUAAACUGGCUGCCAUAUUUUAAUAAGGUGUAUUGACUAACUACUUGUUCGCUCAAGAAGGCUUAACAUUGGCCUCGUUCUUUUUGCACGAUUAUGGACUUCUACUGCGUCUUCUCGAUCCAUUACCACUCAAAAAAAGAAACUUUGCCAACAUCUACCUACAAUUAUCUUGACCUGACUUCUGGUCAAUAACUCACAUAUUUUGCAUGAAUUAGCAAACAAAGCAGAAGUUUCUGUAAAGCAUGACACUAGUGCGCAGCAGGCAGAGGGUUCCACGGCAUGUCCAUGUCAACCUGGUGAAACCGACACGCGUGUUUAUCCAUUAAAAACAAAUACAAAAUCACUGCUUUGUAUUUACAUAUAGGCUGAUACACACACCAUUAGUGAAUUUUGAAGGAUUCGAACGCUACUUUCAUAAGCUUUUGAUUUUUUUUUUCGGACCUCAUGCGAUAAACCAUAAAACGAGACAAUACUCCUACGCACGAAGGAAACCUAUUUAUAUAGCACGAGAUUUACCCGUGCGCGCGAGGCAGAAGUUCUAAACAAAACCCUUGAGUUGUCUGCGACUCUGCAGCCCAAUCACAUGCAUAUUAUUUUCUGUUUCAGACAUGACACGAGGUACACACUGAGCCUCGGGUUGAAGAUCGAGCUUCAAUUACUAAUUUAAUGAUCCGUGCUGCCUCGUUUGUAAUUUUCAUUUUUCCUUCAUUGUCACUGAGAAGUCGCCAAAUAGUUGGCCAGUGUCUUGUCAAAAGGCCAAAAACUAAAUUUCCACGUGCAGAGCAGAGAGGCAAAAGCGUCGCCUUCUUCUUGUAUGUAUUUGGUGACUGACAUAACACGUGGCGGAAGUGAAAGGUGAGGCAACCUAAAUUGACCAACUUCACCGCAAAUGGAUUUCACGUGGGAAACACAAUCUCCCAACCAGAUGGGUGUCACACCUCAACUAAGCCACAGCAAUGGAAGAUAUGGCGAUGAAACACCAUCUCACUGCAAGAUGGAAUUAGGCCCCAAUGAAAUACGUCAUCCCUUGAAUACUCUCCACGAGUCACCUUCGUAUCGGAUGGAAAUUCACGACGAAACACGAUUAUUCCAAUUUGAUUGUCAAAAUAGGAUGCCAUCACAGGCCUUACAGCACCCUAUUGGUUGCAAAAGUAGUAUUCAGUUCCAUGACACGGCGACAUACCGGGGAGUUUCAGCCACCCACGAUGAGAUACCUUUAAUUUGCGCCGGAAAUACCCCUGGGGCGUCUACUUUAUGUCCAAGGAAAGUUCAAACGAGGAUGUCCCCAUAUGGAGUGAACAUACAGUUAGAUUCUAAAAGGGUCAGUGAAUCCUACCAAGCAAGUUCAACCAACGGAAUUCCAUUUCACCAGAUAGGCAAUCCUAGGGAAUUGUUUCUUGAUAAUUUCCCUGGGGUAACGUCUUUGAACCCGAGAAAGCUCCAAAAGAGGAUGCCACCAAACGUGGUAGACAUACAUUCAAGCUCAAAUAAGACACACCAAUCUCACCAGGAGUGUUCUCUCAACGAAAUUCCAUCUUGCCAGACAGGAAAUACCAGGGAAAUGCGUCCUGAUAAUAUCCCCAGGGUAACUUCUAUAGAUCCGAGGGAAGCUCAUUCGAGGAUAUCCCCUUGUGGGGUGGACAUACGGUCAGAUUCAAACAAGGUCGAUCAACAUUACCAGGAAAGUUCUGCCAACGGAUUUCCAUUUUACCAGACGGACAUUCCCAGGGAAUUGUAUCCUGGCAAUAUUUCCGGGGAAACUCCUUUAGAUCCGAGGAAAGUUCAAGGGAGAACGCCACCAAACUUGGUAGGCGUACAGUCAGAUUCGGAUAACGCACCUCAGUUUCAACAGGCAAGUUCUACCAACAGAAUUCCAUCUUACCGUAUGGAUAAUCCCAGGGAAAUGCAUCAAAUCCCCGCCGAAAGCGAAACGUUGUCUUAUCAAACUGGUCGCUUACAGAAAGGACUUCCAUUGUGCGAAGCUGAUUUCCACGAAGGAGUAUCGACUCAACAAGAUGAUGCGUGGACUUACGAAGGAGUGAAGGCAUCCAACCCCAAGACGAGCGCUAACAGCAGUACUUCAACAGCACGCUACCAACCCGUCGCUCCAAAACAGACAAGUCACAAUUUGAGCGGUGCUCAGACUUGUCCGCGCUGCCACUGUGUUGUGACAACCCAACCACAGCCGUCGUAUCUACCAUCCUUGAACUUAAUAAACGCCCCUGCUCGGUCAUCGGUUAUCAUGGUACCACUAAAAAGAAAGCUGAAGACCAAAGAUCGAGAAACAAUUUCGUCCACAGCGCAAGGUCAGGAACGGGCAGCAACGAGAGAUUCGCCGCAGGAAAACGAGGACUCCGAUUUGUCCGGAGAAAAUGACGAUGAAGAUGCAGAACAGAAAAAAUGUUUUCGCGUAGAUAUCGAUAGCACGACGGCAAGAUUUAAGCUGACUAAAGAAGACUGGGCGAGGAUACCGGUCAAGUCAUUUCCAAGCGGCGGCCGUUUAUUGAGCGGGCACUGGAACCGCAUUUUCGCUGACAAGAUAAAGGAAAGCAACCCAUGGUGCAAUGUGCGCUUCAAGAACAAUCACGUGAGAUCAGCAAACUCGCGCAAGGUCCACUCUUCCGUGUUUUUCAGAGGAGGCGCUGAGUGCAAGCGUCCAGAAUGCAACGUGAAAAUGAAAUUGGUGAUUCGCGAAGAAUACGGAAAGCAAGUGGAAGUGACUUACAACGGUAAUGUUUGUCACAGCGCCGGAGAGUGAAAGUCACGUGACGAUACUGACGUAAAGAAGUUACGAAGGAAACACGGGAAACACGCGCGAUGCGUGUAACAGCCUCGAGGCUAACAACAAAAGCUCAAGCUUUUUUACAAUACAAACAUUCAAAAAAUAUUUAAUUAGUUUUAGUGAUUCAAAAUAACCAAACUAUUUAUAUUAAAGUAUAGGGUUAAGUUAAAAUCUCUCCGUGUCCCGUUUUUGUGGCACAGAGCAAGCCAUCCCCUCAAUAGCUUCGAAUUUUUUAAGGCAUUCAUUUAGUUGGCGCGCAGCGCCAAAAAAAAAACAACAUUAUUAACAAUAAAAAAAACAAAACAAAAAACAAAAAACAGAAAAAACGGUGGAGCGAAAUAAAUAAAAGGAAAAAGAGGCUUGUUGCGAGGGAGCGAACACCUUUCCGGGCAGCGCUUCUCCAGUAUUUUUUCGUGCACCAUUUUUUGCGCUGUGCCGCACCUCGCUGAACGCUUGGAAGACGCUUUCCUCUAAACGAUAAGAUGCUUAGUAGAUCCUUCCAUUUUGAUAGUAAUAGCCUUCUAUUUCAAAUUGUUUUAGUCUCUCUGAUGACAUUGCGUAGGUUCUAGUACGUACAUUCUCUCAUUAAGAAAGAUCGGAUUGUGCUCUAUAUCUAAACGUUUGAAAGAACAUUUUUGUGAGAUCUCCCCUAAAAUUCGCCGUUACUGACCUAUUCAUUGAUAUGCUCUUAGGAGGAAGGUGGUACGCUGAGAAUUAAAUAUCAUAUCUAUAAAUAACACUCCUGUACGAAUUCGUCUUUAAUUCUAACGAUUCACUUAAAACCAAAAUAACAAUACAGAAAUUAAUAAAUACGAACUUAAACUUAAAUAAACUGAAACUACAACGAUACGAAGAACAGCAAAAAAUAGAGAGGAAAAACGAGAUUACUUACAAGGUCUGUACGGCACUCCGGAACUGACAACGACUGAAUACAACUAAAAAACUACAACGCUUUUAAACGGAAUUUUGAACUAAAAGAAUAAACUUAACGAGGUUACGUGAUAAACAAUAGACGAUUACAUAACACGACGUGAAAAAACUAAUUUACAUUUAAAACUGCACAAAAAGGGUACGCAACAAAUUAACCUUUAACAUCAAAGACAAAACAAAAAAGAAAAGGCGACCAAAAACGGAAAAAUUUAACUCUCGUGGCUACAAUAUCUUAUAUCUUGUCCCAUUUUAUAACAUACGAACAACAGUAGACUUGUGAAAAGACGCUCGGCUCUUGAAUUGUUGAAUAGCUUUCGCCCGCUAUCGCUCGCACGCGCUCCAAAUGAUAUUCGCGCUUCACGCUCUCUAUUCAGUUACGCUCCGGCUAAGGUCGAUUUGUUAGCAAGUCAAGGACAACAGUCAAAACUUGAAGCCCACCCCUCUCGAUUCAGAGUCCAACCAAUAGGCGACCAACCACUUAACAUGCAUUGGCCAGCUAAUUUAAAGGUCCAUAGCACCCGGUACCAUUAUAUUGUUUACAUCCUACCCAACCGUCGACGAUGUAACGUAACAUAUACACCCCGAAUGAAAAAGGAUCAACGCGCUGUCACGAUGGUGGAGUCUUUUUCUCAUCGCAAAGCAGAAAAUGAUAAAAGACCAAUGUUCACUAUUUGCGACUGAAAGAUAUUUACGAAAAAUUAUUGUUUUUCCUUUUAAAUUUUAUUUUUGCGAUGUCUCUCCUACCCUGCAAGCAGAGUUACGUUUUCUAUGAAUAUCGAAAGCGACUCUGCUCGUGAAGUAUUUACCUCUAAUCCGCUCUUGUUUAAACUAUCCCGGCUUCACUCUUCCCGUAAGGGAGACUGAACAAUCUCGAUUUUCUGUAACUAAUGGAAAAUGUACACUGAUCCCGCCAGACAGCAGAGGAGUUAGGGAAAUGAUACAAAACUAAUAAUGAAACAAAACCUAAAAUUUUUUAAAAGUGUAUAGAGCGUUUUGACAUGACGUCACAGCAUGGCAGCCAUAUUUGUGUUGAAAAACAAUGAAACGGUGGCCAUGUUGGUGUACCAAAACAAUCCUGAGGGAGAUAAACUCUUUUUUUAUGUAAACACUUCCUCGUGUUUCAAUAAAUUUGCAUGUGUGCUGGC